CUGCGACCAACUUUACCAUGGGCUUAUGACGAACUUGCAUCGAAUUUCUAUUCUCCCAAUCAGACUUUCGGCACAACGUGUGUGCAGUCUUCUGCGUAGCGCAUUACAACACUACCUCGCCUGAUUAAUUGGCGUCUCUUAUAUUCAUGGACGAUCUUGAACUCGGAGCUGCCGUGUGGGGCGCACCUAGUGACACCACCUUCCCCGUCCGCUCGUCGGCUUCACCGUCCAAUGAUCAGUUUGACGAUUUCGACGACUUUCAUACACCAGGACAGACGGAGCCCGCUCACUCAGUAGCCCAUGACGAUGACUUUGGAGAUUUUGGAGACUUUGGGGACGCAGAUGCCACCACCGGCGAGGGUUUUGGUCAGGAUGAUGAAUUCGGCGAAGUCACACCCAUCUCUAGCUCCUCGGGGAGUACAUGGCAACCUCCGGUGCUCAGUCCUUUACCGGAGAGAGAAACAUUGAAGAGGAUGGUUGACGAGAUCUUGGAACCAGUCUGGAGCAGCGACCUGACAAUGCUCACUACGGACGAGGACAUUAGACAAGUCGAAGGGAUAAGCCAAGUCUUGACGACACCACAAAGUCGCAUCUUGUUCAAUGCCAUUGCUAACUCCCCACCGCAAGUGGAACUACUGAACUGGACACGAUCACGGAUACGACAGCAACACCUAAUUUCACUAGGAUUACCCGUAAAUCUGGAUGAGAUGCAUCCUCACGCGAACGCCAAACCACUGCCACCGUUGCAGAUAUCAACACGUCCUAUGUCGGCUCCUCCUGGUCCGCGAGCCGGUGCUCCGGGUAGUAAACCGUCAUCAAGAGAACACUCACUCUCGCGAGCGGGAACGCCCCGCUCUGGAACUCCUCAGCCAUCCUCAAGAAUGAAAGCUUCAAAUGUUAACCAACUGCGAUUAGGACCGAGACCACAACUUGAUGAUAAGAAGAUUGAGGAAUUAGUAAAUCUGGAACAGGAUCAACUGACUCUCCUUCCUUUGUCCAAACUGGAGCAAAUGCUUGUUGACAUCCGCACCGAAACGACGAAUGCGUCUUCGUUGCUGACUUAUCUUCUCCAGACGCGCGAUGCACUGGAGCAGGAUUCAGAAACGUACAACAAGCUUAUCGCAGAGAUGGUGAGUGAAGCGCAGAAAAAGAGCAUGGCAAAGGGACGGACUAGUGUUGGUAAACGCGGGACGAUGGGUUGACUUGGCCAAGGUUGAACGUUGAAUACUAGCAUAUUAGCUAUUAAGAUAGGGGCUUGUACAGUUUUGGCAGCUAUGACGAUCACGUGGCGGCUCAGUAAUUUUGAA